CUUUCUAUCUAAACGUCUACUUAUCUUAUCAAUGGCUAUUGCUGUAAUGUUUCAAUACUUGAUCUCAUGCAUAUUACUCUGUGCUUUAUUUUCUGAGGCACAUCCUUCACCUUUUGAAUUUCUUAAGAAUCUGCAAGGUUCUCAAAAGGGUGAUAAACCACAAGGCCUCCAUCAGCUCAAGAGUUAUCUCACUAAAUUUGGUUACAUUAACUCCGGUAUUCAUGAUAACAAACUCAAUGUUAAAAGCCUCGACUCUGACAGCAACAAUGUGGAUCAUUUUUUUGAUGAGACACUUGAGGCUGCCAUCAAAACCUACCAACUCAAUUAUCACCUCAAGCCCACCGGAAUCCUUGAUGCUAAAACGGUGUCAAGCAUGAUGUUGCCUCGAUGUGGCGUCUCCGACAUCACCAAUGGCCACAGCCGUAUGCGAGCAGCACGAAAGAGAGCGCCCCACCACCGCCACCACCACCAUCAUCAUCAUACAGUCUCUCAUUAUAAGUUCUUCAGUGGCUCCCCAAAAUGGCCAGCUUUCAAAACUGACCUUAGUUACAAAUUUGAAAAUAACACCCCCGCAGAUGCUGCCAACGCGAUAUCACGAGCUUUUGACAAGUGGGCUUCUGCUACACAAUUCACAUUUACUCGGAUUGAAAAUGACACAUCCCCAUCAUGUAAUUCUACAAGUGACAUUACAAUAGGUUUCCACAGCCGUGAUCAUGGUGAUGGUUUCCCUUUUGACGGGCCUUACGGAGUUUUGGGACAUGCCUCGCCACCGACCAGAGGAAGUCUUCAUCUCGAUGCAGAUGAGCCGUGGUCCAUCGGGCCAAUGGAGGGAUACAUAGACUUGGAGACAGUGGCACUGCAUGAAAUAGGGCACCUUCUAGGCCUGGAACAUAGCUCGGUGGAAAGUGCAAUUAUGUUCCCUUCGGUUGCAGAUAAUAUGACUAAAGAUCUGCAUGGAGAUGAUGUUCAAGGAAUCAGAGAAUUAUAUCAUACAUUUUGAAGCUUUGAUUAGAUAGUUUGCUGAGAUGCUCCGAGAUUAAUCAGGAGCUUGUUGUACAAUAUUCUUUCAAUUUUUGAAUAUCCAUAGAUAUUACUAUAUUAUGUCAUUUCA